GUCAGUGCACAGUUUCACGUAUAAAGUUCAUAAUGGAGAAAGGCAUUUUUGAAUUUUUAGAGUCGAGAAACGUUGCAAAAGAAGACAUACAGAGACUCAAAGACGACAAGAUUGACAUGAGUGUCAUAACUGUCAUGAGUGAUGAAGAACUCAGAGCAUAUAUCCCCAAAUAUGGAGAUUGUAUUGCAGUGAGAGCUUUUUGUCAUCAGAACACUGCUCUAGGUGCCAGUGGGGGAGAAUCAACUGCAAAAUCAUUGAUCCUGCAAAGAUUAAAGGCAAACUUUAAAAAAGCAGCAGAAGAGGUUACUGAUAACAAGUAUAUAUCGAAAAGAUCAUUUGUCUUUGGAAAUAAGUAUGCAUCAAAAGAUAAUCGCCGUCUGGAAAUGGGGUGGUUGAAUUUCCAGGAUGGAGAGUAUCACCAAAUACGAACAAAAAAUGGAGGAGGAACAAGACACCUGGCUGCCAAAAAAAAUACAACAGUUGAAGAACUUCUUGGUGUUGGGAAGCAGCUGUUUUUCCCAAAAGGCAUUUCUUCAAAAGGGUCUGCAGAUGAAUUUGUUUUUGAAAUUCGUGACUUUGCUCAAAAUAUUGUGUUUCCAGAAGUCACACUGUGUCAGCUUUAUGAACAGAGUAGAGUAAACUACGAAUGUUACGUCUAUAUCUUUGUUCAAAGAAAACAGAUAUUGAUGAGCGGCUAGCCCUUGUCAUUUCUUCAGAUACAGAUUCUGACUUUGUGCCUGAUGGGUCAACCCAGAUCAAUUUGAGAAAGGCCAGUGUAAUGAAAAGAAAACCAAAACUAAGAAAGCAGAGCUAUGUUCGAGUUGAUGAAAAGAUUGAUGGUCAUUCCCACGGAAACAUAUCUUCAGUUCUUGAGAUGGAUGAAUCACAAC